AUGUGUAACUACAAGGAGACUGAUAAUCAAGGCGCUGAUGUCUUCACAACUAUUGAUUGGAGAUCAUUUGUGAUUCUACCCAGCCACGUUGCCUUUAAAGGAGACAACGACAAGUAUCUGUUCCUUGGCAACGACGUUACCGCGAUGUUCGGAGCUAAUGACAUCGGUGAACCAAGCGUGCCAUUCGAGAUUAUCCCUACCAAUGACGGAAAUAUUCGCAUCAAAUCGUCUAAAACAGGGAAAUUCCUUAGAAACGAAAUAAUGUUCAUCAUGGCAGAUUCCGACGGCACUACCACCGACGACUCCUGGACCGUGUUUCGCCCUGUCAAAGUUGACGAGGAGACUAUAGCCCUAAUCAACUUGGGCAACAAACAAUUCUGCAUGAGGGUCCCAGGACUCGAUACUCUUGGUGCAAUGGCCACCUCUGUUACCACAGCAGCCAGAAUCAGGGUGGAGGAGCCUGUGCUGACAAGGGAAAUUUAUGAUGUCAUAUAUGAUUUUAAUAAUGCCAGGGUUUACGACCAAACAGUCCUGGUUGUGGCCCAGAAUUCCGCCGCCAACUUUACCGACCAAUCCUCUACUCUGGACGUUAAGCUUGCAUAUACAGAUACUAAGACUAGCUCCUGGAAGACUGAUUUUUCACUAACCUUGGGCAUGAAGACAUCCAUAGAGAUUGGUGUUCCGUUAAUUUUCGAUGGGAGCAUCGAAAUGUCCGCUGAAGUUCGAUCAGGAGUUGAGUGGGGAAAGAGCUUCGAAACAAGCACCAAUCUGGAAGUUGUGAACAGUGUUAUUGUGCCGCCGAUGACUAAGGUGACGGUUAAUCUAGUGGCAACCAAAGGUCUGUGCGAUAUUCCUUUCUCAUUCAUGCAAAGGGACACUCUUUAUGAUGGGAGACCGGUCUUAACUGAAGUUCAGGGUGGCACCUACUUUGGUUCUAAUUACUACAACCAUAAAUUUGAGACCAGAGCAGAGGACCUUCCUCCGGUCACCAAACUCUAA